GCGGCUUUGUUUAGCAUGGUUUGUUUUAAUAGGAGACACUUGAGGUUUUGGGGGGAAGGAGAAGGUAAAGGCCCUGAAGAGAAGGGACAGUGAGGACAGGAUGGACCCCACGGGUCUACAUGGCCCCUGGCGGGUCCACCCACCCCGAGUCAUUUAGCCAACGGCAGUUCCUCGGCCAGGGCUGCGUGGCAAGUGACCCAUGGCUGCCAGGUCCCUGCGUUCAUGGCACAAUGUCUAGGGGUGGUGGCUUGAGAGACGUCCCCCUGUGCCCUCUGCACUUACCAUGUCCUGCAUGAGAAGUUAGACCCCCCCCAUCAGACCAGCAGCCUCUUCCUGGUGCAAGAGCUGAGCCUGUCCCCCCGGGCGGGGUACCAGCACCCUCGGGCCCAGGACGGGCAGCUCGUCUGUGACUGUCUUCCCCUAAGCUAUUCAGGUUGUGGGGUCCCCUCACCUCAGAACCCCCGGAACUCGUCCACAGCUCCUGCUGUUGGGCCCAGGGAUGCACUGUUGACCCUGCCGUCUGGCUGGUCGACUGUGAGCGAGUCCUGUAACUCUGGAGCCCUCCUUCCUCUCCCCAAAAAGCUCAUGCCCAGGGAACUCGGGGCCUCAGAUGAGGUCCACGUCCUCGUGCUUUGGAAAGUGCUGUGUGGCCAGGAGUUAAGGCGGGCGUUCGACUCUCUCCCUAGCCUGGCCUGCGGCUUCAGGGCAGCCACCCCGUGUAGCAUGGGGCGGUCCCCAACACUCAGGUGCACUUGUAAGGCGACUCAUCCCCCACCCUAAAACACUGUCUGCCCUGUGACCCCUGGCCUCUGCUCCCCUGGCCAUGGAGUGUUUCUGCAGGACCGUUCUCUGAAAAGGGGGUGUCUGCCUGGAUGGGUCCUGGGUGGCCAGCAGCCUGCCAUCCCACUAGUGAGGCCAUAGGCUGGUACAUGCCAGCACUGCCCACUGGGAGGGGGAAGGGGCCAUCUCAGGAAGCCAGUGCAGCUGGCAGGGUCCAGGCCUGUGGGCACAGUGGGGACACAGCUGCCUGCCUUUCAAUGGGUGCCUGUGUUCCAGGAGUGGAGGCGGGGUGACUCCGAGCCUCUCUUCCCUGCCCGCCCCCCACAGGAUGCCCCGGGCUGGACGUUGGGGCACAGGAAGGUCCAGCCCUGCCCCUCCAGGGUUGGCCACGCGCUUUGGCCUUGGCACCAGGCUUCUGGGAUCUGCGAGCCUGAUUGGGCGCAGCAGGGGGGUGAGGCGUGGGCCUCGGCUCCCACGCAGGAGCCAGCGCUGAGCUGGGACAGGCACUGGCUGCGCGCGGGGUUGUGAGCUCGGCGGCUGGGGGCGUGGCCGGUGGGCGGGGUCACGGCGCUGGGACCUGUCAGUCCGGCCCCCAGAGACCAGCCUGCCCCGCAGCACCCCUGCCCGCGUCAUGCCGCUCGCUGUGAUCGCCCUCCUGGUGCUGGGGGCCCCCGUGGUGCUGGCCGGUACCAGCUGUCUGGGGUACCUGGAUGAGAACGGCUCCUGGCACCCGGGGUUCAGCUGCCCAGCCUUCACCUUCUGCUGCGGGACCUGCCACCGUCGGUACUGCUGUGGGGACCUGAACCUGCUGCUCUCCAAGUGGCAGCAGAAGCACUGCCAGGGGCUCAGUCCCAAGGCCCUGGCAGGCGUCGCCUCCGCUGUGGCCCUGUUUGUGGCCGUGGUCGUCACCAGCCUCUGCUGCUGCCUCUGCACCGGCUACCACUUGCACCGCCGGCAGCGGCAGCUGCACAGCCUCUUAGAAGGCCAGGCCAUUCCAAUGACAGGCCCUGCAGCCCUGCAGCCUGGCUUCCUGUACCCACCCACUGGUCCUUCCCCGCACCCACUCUACCCGGCUGGGCCCCCGACACACAACCCUGCAGCUCCACCCCCGCAGAUGCCACCACAGCCCUCCUACCCAGCAGCCUAAGGAGCCAGCACUGUGCCUGCUGCCCCUUCACUGAUGGCCCUGCUGUGUCAUGGGCAGGGGCCCUCCGCUCAACAGGCCCAGGCCAAGCCCUGCCCUGCGCCUUCCUGGGGACCGAGCCCCAAGGACGUGGGACUUGGUCGUGAAUGAGGGCCGGGUGGGCAGGGCUUGGGCUCGUGGACUGUUUGUGCCGGGGCCAGGGGAGGACAUGAAAGCCUGGGUCACAGCCCCUGCUUCCUUAUGGCCCCUCUGUUCCCAGGGUGCCCGCUGGUGCCGCUGUGGGCAGAAGCCCUGCUCCCAGCCACCCUACUGGAUUAAAGCUGUAAGGACGCAGC